CAAAUGGACCCAGACCCUGGCGUUAAUGGUGUCUCCAGGAUUGUUGUGGAGGAAGUUAGGCUCGGGAAGCCACAGUUUGCAGAUCAACCUCAGGUUGCUCAACAGGUGUUCAAUCUUCGUCACUGGAACUGGUACAACCUAGACUUCACGGGGCUGUCAGAAAUCGAGAGCAUGAUCUACCCCAAGAUGUCCUUCGACAGUGGCCUGAGGGUCAGUAUGACAGCCACAGUGAUGACCAGUCAAGCCAGAGCUGUCUGCACGAAGUGGGAGUUCCGGUUUGACCGACAGCUGUGCCCAGUGUCGACACACGUGGUGCACGGCGUUCGCAACACGAAUUCUUACCAAACAACAACGCAGCAUCUGUUCCCCAUAACAGUGAGCGGUAUUUGUACGGGUCUUCCCGCAGGAAACCUGGUACUCAGCAUACAUACCUCUUCAUGCGGGGGGUCUCCGGUGGAUGCAGUCACUGGCUGGCAGACAAGUUUCUUUGUCUCUGCAGAGGAGGUCGUCCUGCCUUGA